GUCUUGACCCACCAGAUCCACCGAGUUUCACUCGAAACUCGACGCUCAUUUCUUUUCUCCCUUUGCACUUCCUGUCUCUACCUGUGGACGUUUCUUUUCACUCGCUUUAUACCAGGAUCGCCACGUUCACAUUCUUUCCCCUCCAUCAUUCCUUUGGCCUGGUGCCAACAUGUCAUCGCCUAUAGAUGAGCGCAAGACCCUUCAUCUACAACCCAAGGACAAGCACAGAGACGACGACGACGUCUCCCCCACCUCCGACGAUGGUACCUACGUGACAGAACCCGAAACCCGCCGCGACCCGAGCCAUCUUAAAGUUGACACCAGCUACGAUGUCGCCGACGAUGAACCUCCCAUGCGCACCCCCUCCGCGCGACGAGAGCAGGCCACCCGACUCGAGGACGAUUUGUUGCUGCUCCAGGCCGAGCGCGUGGUGUCGCGCUCGACCCAUGGCGAUGACGAACACGAUAAGAACUCGAUCAGUCGCGCUCGCUCGCGUCGCUCCGAGCAGGUGGAUGAGUUCGACGAGGCGACCAAUCCGUUGCACGAAAAGGCCGCGAUCUACAUGCCUCCUGAGUCGCCCAAUACCAAGAUUGCUGUCUUUGUGAAGCGGCUGCACCAGUCUAGCUUCCUCGUGCGCUACUUGACCUAUAUUGCCCCUGUGGUUUUAAUUCUCUUGAUUCCCCUGCUUGUCGGUGCUCUCAAGUUUCCCAAUGCGAGUGUCGGUGGUGUACAGUUGAUGUGGUUCUCCAUUUGGUUGGAAAUCGUCUGGUUAACUCUCUGGGCCGGUCGGCUCGUCGGAAAGUGUGUGCCUAUUGUGGUCGGUGUCCUCGCCAGUAUCUUCACCAACAACGCGAAGAAAUGGCGCGACCUGGGCAAGCAGUUGGAGUUCCACGCGGCGCUGUUCUUUUGGUGGCUCGGCGUGGAGAUUUCUUUCUUGCCCACGAUGAAGAACCACCACGUUGACGGCGAUAAGGCCACGCGGAGCUGGGAAAACACCCUCAACAAGAUCAUCAUCGUCAUCUUCGUCUGGACCAUCCUCAAUUUCAUCGAGAAGAUCCUCAUCCAGUUGAUCGCCAUCAGCUUUCAUCUCCGCACCUACGCCGACCGCAUUGAGAUCAAUAAAUUCCAGAUUGGUAGUCUUACGAAGCUCUACGAGUUCUCUCGCAGCACUUUACCCGAUAAAAACGACGAGUUUGAGGAGAAGAAGGAAGAAUCCAGUGCAUCAGGGACCAAGACUCCCCUGCACUACGCUGGAAAGGCUCAGCGGAAGGCCGUUGGCGCGCUGAACAAGGUCGGAAACAAGGUCGGUGAUGUGGCUGGCGCCGUCGUGGCCGAUGUCACUGGUCGCACGACCACUCGCAGCACCGAUGCCUACCAGGUCAUCCUGACUCUCCUGCGAACCACCUCGGGGUGCCAGGUCAUGGCCCGUCGUUUGUACCGCACUUUUGUCCGCGAUGGCUUUGACACGGUGUUCGGCGGUGAUCUCAAGGCUGCCUUCGAUGACAGCGAGGAAGCCGAGGCCGCAUUCGCCAUGUUUGAUCGUGACAUGAAUGGUGACAUUUCCAUGGAGGAAUUGGAAGCCGUCUGUGUGGAUAUUGGUCGCGAACGCAAGUCCAUCACUGCAUCGCUGAAGGACUUGGACUCUGUUGUGUCGAAACUGGAUGAUGUCUUCAUGUUCUUCGUGUUCGUCGUCGUUAUCAUUGUGUUCUUGUCGCUCAUCUCGACCUCGGCCGCUGGUGUCCUCACCUCUGCCGGUUCUUCGAUUCUGGCCCUGUCGUGGUUGUUCUCUGCCACGGCUCAGGAGUUCCUCCAGUCGGUCAUUUUCGUCUUCGUCAAGCACCCCUUUGAUGUCGGCGACCGUGUGACUAUCUACGGUAACGCCGGUGAUGCCGGUCUCGGUGAUGAUUACUUCGUCAAGGAGAUCACUUUACUGUACACCGAGUUCAAGAAGAUGCAAGGACACGUGGUUCAGGCGCCCAAUAGCUACCUCAACACACUCUUCAUUUUGAACCAACGUCGCUCAGGUGCACUGGCUGAGGCCGUUCCCAUUGUCAUCAAAUACGGCACAACCAUUGACCAGCUCGACACCUUCCGACAGCGACUCCUUGAGUUUGUACGCAGCGAGAAGCGUGAUUUCCAAAGCAACAUCCUUACUGAAAUGCGUGCUGUUACAGAGAACUUUUCUCUUACGCUCAAUGUGGUUUUCUUCUAUAAGUCCAAUUGGCAGAACGAGGGUCUCCGUCUGCAGCGCCGCAACAAGUUCAUUUGUAUGAUGAUGAUCGCCCUGCAGGAGAUCGGCAUCGAGGGACCACGCAUGAACCUCCAGGGUGCCAAGUUCGACAUCCCAUUCCAUGUCAACUAUGGCAACCCGCGCUCGGCAGGUCCUCGUGGCAGCCCCGAAGAGCCUACCGAAGCCGAGGAGAUCCCUCUCUCCGAGUCUCACCAUCUCCCCGAAAACACAGGCACCAGCAGCAGCAGCGCCGCCCGCCACCCAUCCAUUCUCCGAAAGGGCAUGAACACUGCCACUGCCCGCGCCCGUGGUCCAUCUGUUUCGCAGCGCAAGCACGUCGAUUUCUCCUUGGGAAUGUCCAACAUGGCCUCCAACGACAUCAUGGGCGAUGUGUUUGAGGACCGCGGUGUGCGUGUCGACGAUGUCGUCCGCAGUGCCAACCGCGAUGCCACCGAGCGCCGCAUGCAAGAAGUCACUGAAGAAGAGGAGGAACGUCGGAGUCGGACCUCUUCUUCCCGGCACCGUCGCCCCUCGAACCUGAGUGCUCCCAGCAAAGACGGAGGUCGCCGGUCGACCGACGCUCACAGCUUCCGCAGCGGCCAAUCCUCUCUCAGUCGGAACCGCUUCUUCCACCAUCGCAGCAAUCUCAGUCAAGAUCGGGACGACCUCAUGGAACAGGGUCGCUCCGAUCUACCCCCUCCUCCUGCGUCAGUCCCCGGUUCCAAGGAGCACCCGAACUGAGUGAACAGCUGUGAUUGUUGAUCAGACCUUCUGAUCUCAUUUCGACUGCACUUAAACUCCCAUUUUAUUCCCUUUCUUUGCUGCACAGGCACUUACAUUGGUGCGCUCUGUCGACUAAUCUCUCCUUCUACCAUACAUAUAUCCCCAUACCGGUCUUUAACCCUCUUUUUUCAUCUUCUGCGUCAUAUAAAGCGUUCGGGUUGUUAUUUGACCUCGAUAUAAAGAACACCCUUUUCCAUUCAAGUGUAUGAAUCGCAUCUAUGUGUCUAUGCAUCAAGUUCCAAUCAAAUUCUCUACACGUACAAAC